AUGGGUAAAGGAAAGCCCCGUGGUCUCAACGCCGCCCGCAAGCUCGAGGCGCACCGCAAGGAGCAGCGCUGGGCCGAUCUCCACUUCAAGAAGCGCCUGCUCGGCACUGCCUUCAAGUCCUCUCCCUUCGGUGGUGCUUCCCACGCCAAGGGUAUCGUCCUCGAGAAGGUCGGUGUUGAGGCCAAGCAGCCCAACUCCGCUAUCCGCAAGUGUGUCAAGGUCCAGCUCAUCAAGAACGGCAAGAAGGUCGCUGCUUUCGUCCCCAAUGACGGUUGCUUGAACUUCAUCGACGAGAACGACGAGGUUCUCCUGGCCGGUUUCGGUCGUAAGGGCAAGGCCAAGGGUGAUAUUCCCGGUGUCCGUUUCAAGGUCGUCAAGGUCUCCGGUGUCGGUCUCGCCGCUCUGUGGAAGGAGAAGAAGGAGAAGCCCCGCUCUUAA